UGGGUCUGCGCUGACUUACCAGGUCCCGCACCUUGCGAAACAUCAUGACAUAGUAAACGAGUCAAACUCUUCUUCCCAAACACACUGCCUGAGAAGGAAACUCUCCGAAUCUCAAGGAAUCAUUAUGGCGACUUCUCAAGCUGAAACAGACCCGGUCCCGGUCCCGAAGCUAUGCAAGCUAUUCGAGGACAUCGAGAACAGUUUCAAAAGUACCGACCUGGGCAGUCAUCGUUGGUAUAUCGUCGUGAUUGCCUGUCUCUCGGCCAGCCGCGAUCCCGAGGCCGCCAAGGAUCUCUACCUCUAUCUAGUCAACAAAUCCGAAAAUGAGCCCGGCGGACCCGGCAGAAAGGCACUCAUCCGCCGGCUGCGGGAGGCGCUCGUGAAGACAAUUUGCCUGGUGGGCGUGUGCAAGCCCAUCGAGGCGAUCCUGGCCAUCAGCCGGGUGGAAAAGCCCGAGGACCGAGACCUGAGCACCACGCGCGAGGGAUGGCAGGCGGAUGAAGCAAACCACCAGCGGGCGAUGGGCUGGUUCAAGCAGGUGUACACGCGCAACGCCACAGACACCAUCGGGCUCUUCGACGCGCACAAGGACUUUGCGUGGGUCUCGGGGGAGAUCACGUACGGCUUGUUUCUAUCCGACCGUCAGAUCCUCGACGAUGUCGAGACGCAGCUUGUGGUGCUCCCGGCGAUAAUGAGCCAGGAUUUGCGGACCGAGACACACUGGCACAUUCGGGGGACACGCCGCAUCGGUGUAUCCAAGAAGGAUGUGCAGGUCAUAUGGGACGCGGUGCAAGCCGUCUCAGACUUUUUCGAGUUCAAACUUACCCGAGUGCCCACAGUCGAUGAGGUAGAACCUGAUGUUUAAUAGAAACGAGUGAGGGUCCGAACAAUACUGAAGCUAUGACUGAUGCUGGGCAAGACUACAAUUUACAAGUCCUUUCCUACCUCUGCAGGUAAAACUUCAAGCGCAAAGAGCAAAUAGGAAUCUCCUGCUGGCUUGCCGGUGCUAACCUACGACGUAUAUGGACAAUUUGUUGUCUGGUACAAUCCAAUCCAAUUGACAACUCGCCUACCCUAAAUCUCUGCACCGGCGUUCGCUUCAGUCCCGAGGGUCCGACUACAAACCAACCACUUUGCGAUACAGGGGGGGUAUACCUACAAGAUUCCAAGAGAAAGGUUCGUUCCUGCAUUGAGGCUGAAUGUCUGGGCAUAACUUUGCGCGGGAAGUGUUAUGCAGUUUGUUCAAUUACUUCGACAGCAUUGAUGACUGCACUGCCAUUUCGUUGACC